GUGGUUUAGAUAUUCCACAAGUUGGAUUGGUCGUCAAUUAUGAUGUCCCAUUAGAUGCAAAAAUCUAUAUGCAUCGAGUUGGUCGAACUGCACGAGCUGGUCGCCUUGGAUGUGCUCUAACAUUGCUCACACAGUAUUCUGUCACCUUCUUCCUGAAGGAAAUCGAGUCACACUUAAUAUCUGCUGGCGGUCUUGGUCAUGAGAGGAUUCCUGCUCUAGUUGAACCGAACAGUUCAGAAGAUAAACAGUUGGAGAAAGCUAUUGAAGAUUUAAAUAUGGACGUUAAGGAGGCUUCUCUUAGAGCGAAUCAAGCGGUGGAAUCAAUGCGAAAGCGUUUCAAAGCAAAAGGUGUUACUGUAUUCACAGCUGUUGAUGACUUACCUACACCGAAUGGUGAUGAAAUAGCCACCAAACCUGGACUGAAACGAACUGCUUGGGCAUCUGAUGCACCUACUUCUAAAAAGUUGGAAAUUUCAGAGGUAAUGAAUGUAAUGUCAACUACUCCUGAAGAAGGGGAGACAAACGGACAGAAUUUCAAAUCGUUUCAUAUAGGGAAAAAGAAGCGCAGAAAAAUCCAAGAUAUGAAGGGAAAUAAUAGUAAUAAGAAAAAUAAACCUGCAAAGAAAUUCAGAAAUCAUGGAAAACACAAAUUAUAGUAAUAUCGAAGUUGAAAAUGUACAUAUUUGUGUAAAUUUGAUGUCAAACCAAUUAGUUGAAUUUUUUGGUAGCAUAAUAUGAUAUCAAGGAAUAUAUUCUGUGGUCAUUCAAACUUUUAAUAAAGAAUAUAUGGCAUUAUUGACUUUUCUACUAAAAUAGCACAAAUGACAGUUCUCAAUGAAGCAGUUUAGAAAUCACAAUCAGAACCAUUAAGAUCUUCAUUGAUAUUCGGG